CUCAAAAGGAAAACCCAGGACUUCUUCGCAGACAAACCUUUAAAGAGAAGACUUCCACCUGAAAUAUCCCACAGAUACACUGAAAGAAAUGUCAGCUGCCAGCAUUCUGGUCUCUGAGGAUCAGUUUCUUUGUGCCAUCUGUUUGGAUGUGUUCACUGAUCCAGUCACCACACCAUGUGGACACAACUUCUGCAAGAACUGCAUCAUAGAAAACUGGAGUACUGACGUCCAGAACCAGUGUCCAUUGUGUAAGAUGGAUUUUGACACAAGACCUGAGAUGCACGUAAACACCUUCAUAUCAGAGAUGGUGGCUGAGUUCAGACAGUCAAGAGAAAAGAAAACCAAACAGAGCUGCUGCUCAGGGCAACAAACUUCCAAAGCAGGUGAAGUUCUAUGUGACAUAUGCACUGAGACCAAACUGAAGGCUCUCAAGUCCUGCCUCAUGUGUCUGAGCUCCUACUGUGAGACUCACCUGGAGGUUCACCAGAAAAUCACUCUGACAAGACAUCAGCUGAUCGAUCCAGUGGAGAACCUGGAGGACAGAAUGUGUAAGAGACACGACAGACCUCUGGAGCUGUUCUGCAAGACUGACCAGGUCUGUGUGUGUCAGUUCUGCACAUUAUCUCAUCAUAAGUCACACGUCUUCACUCCACUGGAAGAAGAAUAUGAAGAAAAGAAGGCAGAGCUGGAGAAAACAGAGGCUGAACUUCAGCAGAUGAUCCAGGACAGACAAGUGAAGACUGAGAAGAUCAAACAGUUGGUGAGACUCAGUAAAGACGACGCAGAGAGAGAGAUAGAAACCAGUGUUCAGCCCUUCACUGCUCUGAUACAGUCUGCUGAGAGAAGCCUGACUCAGCUCAUUGAGACCAUAGAAGAGAAGCAGAAAGAGAUGGAGAAAAUAGCUGAAGGUUUCAUCACAGAAAUGGAAGAGGAAAUAUCUGAGCUGGUGAAGACAAGAGCCGAGGUAGAUCAGCUCAUACAAACUGAAGACCCCCUCCAGCUUCUCCAAAGCCUCCCACACCUGAGCACUGUUCCACAUAUGAAGGACUGGAAAGAGGUCCAUGUCCCCUCAUCGUAUGAGGGGACUGUGAGGACGGCUGUGGCCCAGCUGGAGGAGACAUUCAGUACAGAGAUGAAGAAGCUGGCUGAGGCUGAGCUGAAGAGGGUUCAACAGUUUGCAGUGGAUGUGACUCUGGAUCCUGACACUGCACAUCCAAAUCUCAUCCUGUCUGAUGAUGGGAAACAAGUGAAGGUUGGCAGUUUAAUGAAAAGUCUCCCAGACAACCCAAGGAGAUUUUCUGCACAUAGACGAGUCUUAGGAAAGCAAGGCUUCACUUCCAAAUUUUACUAUGAGGUUCAAGUUACAGAGAAGACUGAGUGGACUCUAGGAGUGGUCAGAGAAUCAAUCAACAGAAAGGAGAAGAUCAUACACAGCCCAAAGUGUGGAUUCUGGACUGUGUGCUUGAAGAAUGGAAAUGAGUACAAAGCUCUUGCUCACCCCUCUGUUCUUCUGUCUCUGAAGUCACAGCCUCAGAAGGUGGGGGUGUUUGUGGAUUAUCACGGAGGUUUGGUCUCCUUUUAUGACGUAGAUACUGCAUCUCAUAUCUACACCUUCACUGGCUGUAACUUCUCAGAGAAACUCUACCCAUACUUCUAUCCAUGUCCUGUAGAUGGAGGCAAAAACUCUGCCCCACUGGUCAUUACCUUUGUCGAUACAGUAACAUGCUAGACUCAGUUUUCAAGUUGGUUUGGGGACUUUACCUAUAAAGUGGAGUCUGUUGGUGAAUAUUUGUGUGUUGUAUUUGGACAGGGAUAUCAGGAAUUCUAAGUUCCCAGUUGGAAAUUUUAACUGGAAUGUGCCUGAAGUCAGGUUUCUGAUCUAGAAAGUCAGAAGAACGUUACAAACUCACUCUGAAAAUUCAUAGAUGGGGCUGUUUCAUGCUUUGAUAUUAGUGAGAGCUGUAGUUAUAUAAUGUCAAUGAACAAUUUGUCUAAAGGUUAAUGGAAAGCAGCAUAAAAAAGUAUUAAAAGUUGUAUAUUCAUUCAUGAAUCAAUAAAUGACUGUAAAGCAAAAAAAAAGCCUGUAAUCAGUGUGUGAAAAUGAAAUAUCAAUGUAAAUUUGUUGCUUUCUGUACUAAAUCUGUCUAAUGUCUGA